GCCCUCCACCAUCUACUUCCGGGGCGCCGCUGUCAGCUGCCUCCUGCCGCUCACAGUGUCCGCAGCUCGCGGGUCGUGCCCUGAGGCUGGAGGUGCCCGCACCUCUGCUGGUAAGCCCUUCCUGGGGCUGUUUGCCGCUGGGACGGUGUAGGCGCGGUGUCUAGUGGGCUCCUCACCUGCAUCCGGGUCACCGGAUGCUUCCGGCUGAGCGACGGUGGGCCGCAGAGCGGUGAGGGGCAGGCGCGGCCCGCGGAAUGCGGUGCCGUGACCUUCAGCGGUAGGAGGCGGUCCCGCGGGGCUGCCGAGGGUUCGGUGCCAGGCUAGGGCCGCGCCCGCCCGUGAGGGCGGCGGUCCGACAGUGCUGGGCCGCUCUGUUCUCCGCGGCUGCCCUCGGUGUCCUGGCUGGAGGAAGGUUUGCAUCAGAAGAGUUGCCAUUUCCGAAGAUUCUUAAUACCAGAUUAUCAACCAACUGCCCAAUAACCAUGAAAGAGACAAAGUAGCUUCCCAGGCCUGAGACAAAAACUGAUUUCAAUGGAUACAAAAUAUAAAGACGAUUUAUUUAGAAAGUAUGUACAGUUCCAUGAAUGCAAACUGAGUGUCUCUGACAGCAAACAGCCUCCUAUUAAUGAUGAAUAUUUGCGAGUGGCAGCAUCAGCCUUAUUUUGCCUUCCCAAAAUUGAUCCCUUUUAUAGAUUCCGGUUGAUAAAAUUUUAUGAGAUGGCUGAAAACUCACUGAGAUCUCUGAAAUCCUCAAGUUUACAUUCUCUGCAUAAUGCAUUCAGCAUGCUUGAGACUCUUGGAAUUAAUCUCUUUCUAUAUCCCUGGAAGAAGGAGUUCAAACAUAUUAAGACCUACACGGGACCCUUUGUAUAUUAUGUAAAGUCUGCCCUCACUGAAGAUGAUGUAAGGCAGAUUCUGAACUACAUGGGCUAUGUCCAAGAAGUGGGAACAAUGUAUAAGCUCAAAGAGCAGAUUGAUGCUAUUCAAGUGAAAAUGGUUUCAUUUGAACUCUUUUUGGCCAAAGUGGAAUGUGAGCAGCUUCUUGAAAUUCAUUUGCAAGUGAAAGAUAAAGGCUAUUUGGAGAUCGAUGUCAUAAAUGAACGAAAAAAUAGCAACGAAGAUACUAGAGGCUGCUCAGAAGCUAUGAAACGGCGGGCAGAAUGUAAAGAAAGCUUAAAUACUUCCAUGGCACGAAUGGUACUUCAGAAAUCAGCAAGUGAACGGGCCUCUAAGGAUUAUUUCAAGCCAAAAGUGAGCAAGGCUUCUAAAUCAGUAGACACAUAUGACAGUUAUUGGGAAAAUAAGAAACCACCAUUGAUGAGCUCAUUGAGUCUCAGGAAAGAGCCAAUCUUAGUUGAUGUGGAAGAUGACAUCAAAGAUGAAAUUAUUCGUCCAUCACCCUCUCUUCUGACAAUGUCAAGCUCACCACAUGCAUGUUCAGAUGAAUUCUUGCCAACUUCAUCUCAUCCUAAUGGCAUGUUGAGAACAAAUGUCCCUUACAGCUCCUAUUUUUCUGCUCAAGAGGAUUUAGAUAUCUAUACUGAUCCUGAUACUAGAAGUAUGUUAAAUUUUAAAAGGCAGGAAGCUAUUAAGCCUGAUGUGUGGCUGUUAAAAAAUGAUGCCAACCCUGUUUACCACAAACGCGCCCACCUAGCCAAAGAGACAGCUUCCCUCAAGUGCCAAAACUGUGGUGUACCUUGUGGGGCUUCUGUUUGCCAAAAGUGUGACAAUCUGUUCAACUCCAGGCAGGACUACCCGGUAGUGAAACAGAGCACCUAUUCCAUCAAACCACUUCCAAAUGAUGGCUUAUCUCCUGCCUCUGCUUUAAGAGAGAAACCUCAGUACACAUCACAGACUCAAAGUCAAGAGAGAGCUUCUCAAUUCAGUUCAAAAUCGAAACCUGCGAGCACCUCACGCUGCGGCUUUUGUAACCGAUCUGGAGCUGCAAAUACUUGCAUGUUUUGUUCAAAAGUCUCAUGUGACACUUGCCUCAAUGCUUACUACUAUGAUCCCUGCUGUAGGAAAAGCGAGCUUCACAGAUUCAUGCCUAACAAUCAGUUAAACUAUAAAUCAACCCAACUGUCCCAUGUUGUUUAUAGGUAGAUUUGAUUGGUCCAUUUUGGGGGGAAGGGAAAGGGCUACUUAAUGUUCUGAUGCCACUGAUGAGAAGUAAAACACUGACCUCUUACAAAAUUGACAUGCCCAAAUAUUUGGAACGUGGUUCAGUGAUCAGGUGCCAGUUCUUGAUUUUUGUGGCUUAAUAAAUGCUGCAGAUAUAUGAUUUCAUGCUGCUAUUAUUUAGGUAACUCCUAAAUCAUAAUUAAUUCUCAAUUUAAGUGAGGGAGAACAGCACUUUUAAAAAAAAAAUCUUGGCAGCUCUUGCAUUAUGGAAAAGUGACAUCACGCAUUUCGCACCAUUUUAGUCUUCUCUUUGCCCAAAUGAAGCUACGUGAGGCUCUGAGAAUUAAGAUUCACAUUUUCUGUGGGUGUAAAACUACUGCCGUUUUUUGGUAAAGUAUGACUCUCAAAUGUGCAAGAAACAUGUGAAUAGCUUGUUUUGCCAACAAGGACUAUUUUUCGAAACACCUGCCUUUUGUUGAUCUCCAAAAUCAAACUCCACAGCAUCUCUUAUCUUCGUUUCUUCCUUCUCUCCUUAUGUCCCAGUUGUUUAUCUUGAACUUAUAUAAUCUGAAUCUGAACAAUAUGUGCUUUAUUUUCUCGUGUUGCCAAUAUCAUCCUGCUUCUUUUUUUACUGUUCCACAUUUUAAAAAGGUGAACUUGUAUUUGUGUCACUUAAAUUUUGCCUAGUGUUGUCCUUCCUGAUGAGUACUCUUACUUUCUGUUGCACAUAUAUUACGUACAGUUCUUUGUACUGUAAACAGGUAAUUUGGAAACAGUUUAUUUUUAAUAAAUAUUUAAUAUGUUGAGUUCUUAAAGGUGGUAAAAUCAUUAUAACUACUAAGUCUCUCUGGGUUAUUUGUUCAGGUGACUUUUUGUUUCUACCUGUACUGUAUUUCAUAGCUUGUUGUAGUUGCUGUGGCAGGCUGACAUUAUUUACUCUGAUCAGUUUUUUUAAAUCCAGCUUUUCUUUUUUCUUCUGCGAAGGCUACCACUAAUUUAGGUGGAGUCCUGUCUAAAAACUGCAAGAUUUUGGUUCUCAGUGCACGCUUUUUCUUUGUGGUUAUAGGAACUGUAAGUAUAAAUCUUACACUUGCGUCCAAAUUCACUGCAGAGUUUGUAGUGUAGUCAGCAGGUAAAGCGCUGGCCUGAUGAAAAAUCAGAGCUCAUGUGUGUAUCCUGUGUUUACUAUUAAAGUAAACCUAACAGUUACGGAUGUGAAUCUGGUAAAUGAUAUUCAUCUGUGUUACUGUAACACAUAGGAACCCUUGUGCUAGGCUCUGUACGGUUUUGCCCCCAAGCAACACCCAGUUAUUAGUAGGCUGUAGGGCCUCUUUGUUUCUUUUUGCAUAGAGGAGAUUCCUCAAUAAUCUUCCUAACUUCUUAUAUUCAGACUAGCUAGUUAGAACAAAAUAUCAGGCAAACCAAUCUGAUGUGCAAAGUUAAAUGUCUUUAAAAUAUCUGUUAAAAAAACAAAACAAAAAACCUCUAGCUGAAUUGUAAACUAUGUAGUCCACUUUGUACUAAAGUUAUUCACUUAGGGUUUUUUUAAACACUGUUUGAGUCUGGGCUUUGAAAUGUAAAUGUUGACCCCUGUGUGACAGAGGUGUGCAUGAAAGAUCAUUUUUCUUAAUUUCUGGGGGGAGUGGGUAGAGGACUUGAGGUGUAGGUGUAGGAGGAGGCAUAUAGGCUAAUAAUGUAAAAUAGCUGAAAUAAUGUUAGCUGUUAAUGUUAGUAAAUGGGUCUCAGAAGUAUUAUGAAAAUAGAGUGAAACUUGAGUCUUGCAGAGGGCUGAGAACAAUAAGUUACUGUACAGCUUGCACUAAGAGACAAGAUGAGUGGUAUGUAUUUAGCAGUCGGGAAUUUCGGAAUCAAGCAACUGCAACUGAAUAUUAUGUUAUAGGCAAGUAUUGCCUUUCUGACCCUGAAGGUUGGGGUAAACGUUGUUUAGGUGAAUGAUUUUAAGGUUUUCAGAAUCUCAUAUGUUUUUUAUAAAUGUAUAUAUGCAUAUAAAUAUAACAAAUGUAGAUACAUUGUGUAUAUAAGGAGGGAUUUAAAAACAAUUUUACUAUUAAAAUACAGUCUAAAGGUUGUUUUCAGUGAUUAUUUUGGUUUUGUUCACCUUCUGAAAUGUCAUGCCUGUAUGGCUGUUGCACAGUGUAUCUUCUAGUUUGCUGGUUCAAUUUCCAUAUGGCUACUCUAAAACUGUGAUGCCACGUAAUUCUUACGGUGAAUACAGCAGGGACAAUACUUGCUUUGAGAUAGAAAAGUUCUCUCUCUAUAUAUAUAUGUCAUGGAAUACUAUAGUACAAAACUGUGUUGAAGUGAUACCAUGCUCUAUUUUUGUGUACCUUACUGUAUGAGGUUGCCGUGAUUGAUACAGUAAAAUAUAUGCUAAUUGAAAAUGCAGGUGUUUUGCAUCUGAUUUGUUAAAACUAAUUUAUGUUCAAAGGAAUUGAAAAAUAAAGAGGCCUUUAAGAAAAGGCUUAACUCUUUUCUUAA